AUGCCCGGAGCUGCUCCGUUGCGAAGCGCCACCCCUACCACCUCCACCUCCUCCACCACUGCCUCCUCCACCUCCGCCACCACCGCCGCCUCCACUAGCACCGCCGCCGCCUCCGCCGCCUCCGCCUCCACUGCCGCCACCGACUCCUCCACCCCUGCCACCACUCCCACCGCCACCCACACUCCCUCCGCCGCCUCCACCGCUACCUCCACUGCUGCCGCCAGCUCCACCCGCGCCCUUGCCCCCCUUGCCCUUGCCAGAGCGGCGUCUCCCGCUAAGGGCAAACGCCGCACCGACCGACGCAAGAUCAACGAGGCAGGAGGCGACACACAGCAAGACGUGCAGCAGCAUCGCGCGUGGCCCACUAGGAGCGAACAGUGGCGUCAGCGUCAGCAGCAGGGGCAGGGGAGGCGCCAGAGGUGA